CCUCUGCGUCGUAUUUGUCGCUGCAUUCCCUGAUAAGCGGGCCAGCGUCUCUCACGUGGGUUGCUUCGUUCAACUAUCAAAGCUUAUCCUCAGGAAGAAGCUCAAGCGUUCGCAAUUACACAUUGUAUUCCAUCUUCACGAAGCCGAAAUAUCCGUCCUAAAUGCUAUCGACCUGUUGAAUAGACAGUCUGCCCAGACUCCAACGUCACUACACAACAGGCAUCGACAACUUGAACUCAUCGCAAACACAAUCCCCUCUCAAUAUCCCAAUCUCCCAUUCCAUCGCAUUUCGUCUCUCAUCUCUCGCCCCUCAUCUCUCAUCUCUCCCCUCUUCCCAAUCUCAAACAAUGUCCAAACCCAUCCAACCCCCCGCCUUCCCCGGCCUAGACGACGACGACGACGACGCCGACCUCCCCCCGCCCUACACCCUCUCUACCACCACCACCACCCCAUCAACCCCACUAACAACCCACCUCGCCGCCCUCCCCGCCCGCCUCCGCGCCGCAGCAGCCCACCACCGCGCCUCCCGCUCCGCCGACGCAGCAGCCCUCUCGGCGCCCCACGUCGCCGCCUUCGUCGAACGCCUGACCCGCCUAGCCUCCGCCAGUAGCAACAGCAGCGGCGGCGGCAGGGCGAUCCCCAUCGGCACCACCGCAGAGCUAGUCCUCGUCCCCGCCGCCGCCGUGCCGCGCGGCUGGGCCCUCAGCGGCGCCGCGGAGCGGAGGCGCGAGGGGGAGGUGGUGCGCGUGGCGAGGGUGGAGGGGCCUGUUCGCGGCGGGGGGGAGAAGGGAAGCAGCGAGAAGAAGGGCGGUGCUCCUGCUCGGGAUGAUGCGGACGACGAUGAUGACGACGAUGGGGACCACCGCGACGGUAGGCAGGACUUUGACGCGGCCACCGAGUUCGACGACUGGGGACGGUGGGGCGAGGGCGCCGGAGCGGGGAUGGACGACGAGGACCUGCUGUGGUGGCGCGACGAGGCCAUGGCCGCGGGGGCGGCGGCGCACCUCCGGCCGGGCGAGCCCGUGCGCGUCGAGCGGCGGCAGGUGCAGGCCGCCGUGGAGAACGCCAGGGACGGGAGGAAGAAGGGCUGGGGGUGGAUGCGGAGGAGGUCCGACGCGCCGGCGGCGAGGGCCGCCGCGGCGCCGCCUUUGGUGGCGAUGCCGGCGGGGCCUGCCCCUGGCCCUGGGGUCGCUGCCGAGGUGGAUGAGCCGGCUAGUAUUACGGUGCGGGCGGACGAGGUCACGUUUAGGAAGGAGAGCGAGCUCGGUGUGUGGGAGAGCAUGAACGGGUUCGCUAUCUUGGUCACGGUGAGGAUCGGGGGAACGUGA